GGAACACAUGUUGAACCAGCACCGCGUUAGCGCCCCCGUCUCCAGGCGCUGUUGUUCGGUUCUGUACUGUCCUGGCGAUCAUAUUGGCCGAUGGCUCUGCGCGCUUGUUUAUCUCACGGCAUGCAGGCGACACGAGGCAACAAUAUAAUUCGCUUAAUUUGGCUCUUUCAGCUUUUGUCUGGUCCAAUGGGCCUCGAGGCAAUCGCUAGGUACAUUCCACCUCAACUGUGACUUUGCUCGUCUCAUCUUCCCCCUCAUCACAACUACUGGUACACGGGCGACGUCUUGAAAAUGUCGUACGCUGCUCCUAAACAAACCUGGCCGCCUAACCAGCGACCUUCCAACAACGGGACGCCACCAACAUCGCACCCCAUCGAUAUCGCAGAACAUCACACUUAUAACCCUUUCGAUGAUGGGCCACCUGUCCCUAUUCGACGCAAAGCCCGCGAAGUAUCUGAUUCGUUCAACAGCACCAUCAACGAGGAUAUGUACUCUCAGCAGCCGUUCAAAGUCGAAUCACUGGAUGCCCAUGCCGACCUUGUGUUUGGGCACACGGCGGGCCCGACGCGGCGAACGCCUACCCCACCACACGUGUCCGCUGCUCCUGCCACGAGUCCUCCGAAUAAAAACCCAUUCCAACGUAUUCCUGUUCAGGCUGCUCCGCCAUACGCGCAAGCAAAACCUGUCAGAUUACCCCCGCCUCCGUUCUUAUCUGCAGCAAUUAAUUCCCGUGAAUCAUACUGGACUCCCUCAAAUCUUCCAAGCUCGGACACUCCAUCUCACACCUCCACUAAGGGCAGUGAUACCGGGGAAACCAUAGUUGAAGCGUGGUCCUCCAGAGAGCGCCUAUCUGAAACCACUCUGCAGGCAGAAGAGGAGGAUGACGACUCUGCACCGGACAUCAGGCAGCAGCAGCCGCAGCUUCCAUACACGCUAUAUGGGCAUGUCCAGCGCGCAAAAGCAUCCAAUGUGGUUAUGCAGCAGCAGCAGCAGCCGCAGGUGAAACAAUCCCCAAGUGGAGUUCCUCACCGUUUUGUUGGCGAAUCUUUCGCACCUGAACGUCUGUCGCUGCGUACCGAAGAUGUCCCUUUACCCGACUCGGACGAUGUUGAUUCUUCUCCCGUUCAAGUCACAAAUUCAUCCCCUACGCCCUCCCACCAUUAUGCCCCACCCCACUCGUCUCCACUCAGGCGGCGUGGGUCGGAUGUGGUAGUUGCACCAACAUCCCCGCAAGCCGUCGAUGUUGUGCUUCAGCCAACCUCAAAGCCUAAUUUGGGAAAUGCACCACAACAGGCUCCCUCUCAGCGUAAACUCCCGACGCCACCGUCCUCUCACGGCACCCCUCCAAGCGUGCACCGAGCAUCUCCUAUCGCUGUGAACCCGGCAGGUCCAUCACUCACAAGCCCUCCUGGUACGGUGGCUUCUGCAUACGCUACGCCGGCAGCCUCUUCGGGACAAGAGGAGACGCCGACCCGUGUGAGAUCUCGCAUUUCUUCCCCAACCCCCGCUAGCGGAAAUCGAUCCAGGAAUACUGGCGAUGCCCCAGAACGUUUGGACUCGAAACCUCAAGAACAACAGAUACGCACUCAACCUCAUCGUCCCACCAAUAUCCGGACGGACACCUUUGCCACUGCCACUACAUCGCCAACAAUUCCCACUCGUGCUCCGGGUGCUCCGCCUCCAGACCGUAGCUUUCCUGUACGCGAAGACGACUAUCGUGCCCGUUCUGCUCGUCCUAUUGUCUACGGACCCAACUGGUACCAGCCCCCGAUGUAUGCCCCUCUUGACUAUGUUCCUGACUUCAUCUACAUGGAUCCAACGCACGUUCAGGGAGGCUUGGACAUGAGUAUAAAUUCUCGUGGAUCACCAGCACCGAGUUCGGCGGUUCUUCGAGAUGGCCUACAGCUCGGGACCCCAAGGUCACCACUGACAAAUUUGCCUGCGUAUGAAUAUCCUCAGGAGCCUUUGUCUGAGGACCCUGAUGCCGUCAAGGACGAUGAAAUGAGGAGCAGGGGUCCUUUUGAUGCUGCGGAAGUCCAGCAUGCCCUUUGGGUUUUGGAGCAACAACGGCGCCUUUAUGCCCCUCAACCUCGGUAUCACUCGAGUUCUGGUCACCCCCAUCGAUUUGAGACUACCACACCGGCGGAGCCGCAUCCCCUUGAUCAGCAAGAACGACCUCAGUCGACCACAUCAUCAAAUGACCUGUAUUCUGGUAUCCGGCCCGACGCGCCUAUUCCUCCAACACCCCGGCCCAAUCAAUCCCUUCCUUCCACCAGCUGUCCCCCCGAAAGUGCCGUUUCAUCACCUUCUCAUCAUCCUAUACCUCUCCCGACUCGCAAAGCACCCCGCUCUCGUUCGAAAGGAAGAACGCGUAAACAACCACUUCCGCCUCGAAUGGCGAGUACACUCCCUCCCAGCUCAGACACUGCGGACGAUGUCAACAACGACGACGAUGACGACGGCGAACUCACGCCUGGGAGGGCGCAGGUGGAAGAUGAGGGACAAGAUGCUCUCCCUAGUGAUGAUGACACUGAAGAUGUAUGGCUCGAGAAAGAUAAGGAAGAUAAGCUUGACCUUGAGUAUCAUCCCUCCUACCUCAACGUCGCGGUAAAGAGGAAGAAGAGAUUUCAGGAGAAGUACCAGGAACUGCUCCGAGUUUUCCGUGAGCUGGACCGCUCAACCGAUGCGACCAUGCUCCUUAUGGUAUCACCUACGGAUCCCUCUACUCCCUCCGGUACUCAUCUUGUCGCCUCACGAGCUAUUCUCCGAUCGCCUGGCUAUUUAUCUACUGCUCAUCGGGCUCGUGCGUUGUUCUCGAAGUCCAUUUCUGCUUCCAGACGUGUUGUUAAGACUGAGCAGGCCUUGCGCGAAGAGGAGCGAAGACGACUCGAGGAGAUUGAGAAAGAAGCUAGCGAAAUGAGGCAAACACUCGCUAACAUCGAGGUCAUGGCUGCUAAGGCGGAAAGCUCUGGUGGGGAAGCAAGUCUCAAGGCUGCACUCCGAGCUACUCUUGAUGGUCUCAGACAAAUGCAGAAGAUCAGUGAGGAGCGCGAGAUGAGAAGGCGCGACGAAGCUGCCAGACAGCAACGUGAAAAUCCGCAAACUGAAAAACUCCGCAGGAAGCUUGCUGGCAAAGUGCACUGAUCCAUUAUUUAACAAAUUCCUAUGCAUCAUCCUUUCCAUAACGAAUCCUUAUGCUCUUCACGAUAAACUCUGAUCUUCCAGAUCAUGGCUCGUAGAUCCCUUACACAUAUAACGUGUACGGCCUACCAGACAGUACGGCUCUAUGUUGCACGGAUCGACGCGAUGAAGCGCACUAGAUGUGCGUACGUAUGAUGGACAAUGCUGUAAUCUACAGAUACUCAGUCAGCGUUCAUGAUCAUAUUGUUCGAUCUGGAUCAU